AUUUUGAAGCUCGGUCUGUGCUGUGGUCGUGUUCACGUGAUCAGUCCGGCAGUGGGUUAUUCUGCAGAGCCGCUAACAUAGCGACAGAAAACACGAGAAAUCAGUGACUGUAAUUCAUUUGUUUGGCUGUCUGAACUGAAGAAUUGUAACGUUACAUACAGUUUGAUUCGAGCGCGUGAUUUAACGCGUCUGUCUCCUGCUAAUGGCUUCUGAGGCGAUAUACGGAUCAAACGACACGAGCCGUUUUAACAGGUUUGACUGAAGAUAAUCGACGAUCUGAUGGAUUUUAAUAUGAUUCCUUACACUGAGUUUCUUUACAAUAUCAUCUCUGAUUCAUGAACAUAUCCGCUUAGCAUUAGCAUUAGCCGCGGCUGCUCACGUGACUGAAUAAAGUCAGACAUUAUCUUCAGUCAGUGAUGUUCAAACACUAGAUCAUAUAAACAUCUUAUAAACAUCAUUCUCAUGGCAAACGUGACGGACCUCCAGAGCAAAUACAGUAAACUGGCUCAAGAGUAUUCAAAGCUCAGAGCUCAGAAUCAGGUGUUGAAGAAGGCCGUGCUGGACGAGCAGACCAGCUCUAACUCUCUGAAGGAUGAGCUGAAGCAGAAGGAGCAGAGCCUGCGGAAGGUGGAGCAGGAGAUGGACAGCCUGAGCUUCAGGAACCAGCAGCUGACCAAGAGGGUGGAGCUGCUGCAGGAGGAGCUGCUGCUGUCCGAGAGCAAGAGCAAGAGGAGCAGAAAUAAAGGAGACUCGCCGCCUCAGGUUAACCUGCAGGCUCAGAGUGUGUUUGAUGAAGAUCUGCAGAAGAAGAUCCAGGAGAACGAACGGCUUCACAUCCAGUUCUAUGAAGCAGACGAGCAGUUCCGUCGACAGGAAGCUCAGCUGAGGUCGCGACUGGAUCAGCUGGAGAAGGAGUCCGAGCAGCAUCAGGCUGUAGUAGAUGCUCUGACCAGCAAAUACACCGACACCAUCGAGAAACUGCAGAGCGACAAAGCUCGCCUAGAGGUGAAGGCUCAGACGCUGGAGAGAGAAGCCAAGGACUGUCGAGUCAGAACCGAGGAGUGUCAGCAGCAGCUGAGGAAGUAUCAGACUGAAGUGAGCAGUCAGUUAAAGCACAGCAGCAGUGUGAUCCAGGAGAAAGUGCCCUUCAACGACACCCAGUUGAGCGACUACAACAGUCUGAACGUUCCUCUGCACAACAGAAGGCAUCAGCUGAAGGCUCGUGACGUGGCGGCUCAGGCUCUGGGCUUCGUGCAGAAUCUGGUGUCGGCCCUGCUGAACUUUCACUCCUACACCGAACAGAGAGUCCACAUCUACCCGCUCGACUCGUCCAUCGAAGCCAUCUCACCCGUCAACCAGAAGUUCUCUCAGUAUCUGCACGAGAACGCGUCGUACCUGCGUCCGCUGGAGGAGGAUUUGCUGCAGUUACACCAGAGCAUCACGGAGGAUGCCAUCACUGUCCUGGAAACUCUGGCCAAGCUGCAGGACUUCUCCAGAUCCUUCUCCGCCUACAGCAGCUUCCUGCAGAAGAUCCUGCCCUACCAGCUCAAGAGUCUAGAGGAGGAGUGUGACGCUUCUCUCUGCACGGCAGCGCUGACCGCCAGAAACCACCAGUUACAGAACGACAUGAAGAAACUGACGGCCGUCUUCCACAAACUGAAGUCUUACGUCGCUCUGUUAGCCGUGCCCAGUGUUCGUUCAGAUGCCAUGUGUCAGAGCAGCGCUACCGCCGUCUUCACCCAGAUGAGCGCGAGCCUGCACGGCCUGCACGACGUCAGCACAGAGCUGUCGAAGCACUACAGUCAGAAGGUUUCUCUGGAGCAGGAUCUGCCCACGGCCACGCAGAAGUUCCGCACCACCAACGAGUGUCUGCUGUCGUCGCUGGCGUCGCUCACCAACGGCUGCAGCAAGAUGGCCACGUUUUUCAGCAACAACCUGGAUUUCUUCGCGUCGUGUCCCGGUUACGGUCCGCGAGGAGGCGCCGUGAACCCGCUGCAGGCCGACAGCAUGAUCGAGAACAAGAGGCGUGCCGCCACAUACAUGAGCGCCAUCAGAAAGGUCAGACCAGAAUCCGUGUCGUACAGAGAAGCUUUAGCAAACCGCCACAUCCUGACGAGCUCCACCGAGAGUCGAGAGGGACUCAUGCAGCAGGUUGUCCAGAGUCAGGAGAAGAUCUCUCGUCUGGAGCAGGAGAAGGAGCACUGGCUGCUGGAGGCUCAGCUGGGUCAGGUGCGUCUGCAGAAGGAGAGUCAGCGCAUCGCUCAGCUGGAGGCUCAGAUCGCCGCCGGAGCUCCAGAGGAACAACACAGCGCCGCUGACGGCUCCGAUGCUGCGCGCGCUGACAGUCCAGAGCCCGUCCAGGACUCCAGCCUGGUCGGCAUUUUAACCAUCACAUCCUGCAGCGAGAGCGCUGCAGAUCAGGAGUCUCGUGAGCAUCUGAUCAAAACUCAUUACAUGAGCCGUGUGUCAGAUCUGACCUCUCAACUGCAGAUGUGUGACAGUAAAGCCGUCCACUUCCACGCUGAGUGCCGAGCUGUUGCCAAACGUCUCGCCAUCGCAGAAAAAUCACGCGAGACUAUGACGGAGGAACUGAAGCUGGCUAAUCAGAACAUCACUCGCCUACAGGAUGAGCUCAGCACCACGAAGAGGAGCUACGAAGAUCAGCUGAGCAUGAUGAGCGACCACCUGUGCAGCAUGAACGACACGCUCAGCAAGCAGCGCGACGAGAUCGAUACGCUCAAGCUCGCCUCGAAGGGAAACUCAAAGAAGAACAAGGGCCGAUAACGGACAGACAUCACAGCGACGGGCUGAACACGCCUGUGUUUGACACCAAACCAGUGACAUGUGACAGGAAGCAGCGCUGAAGAACAUACGGCUGCUGCAGCCUGCGACCGCGCCUCUUUAUAUUAGUGUGUGUGUGUGUGUGUGUGUGUGUGUGUGUGUGUGUGUGUGUGUGUGUGUGUACGUGCGUGUAAUUACAGCGUGUAUUUUGUUUCCUCACACAGGCGGUGUUUGUUAGAGAAAUCACAGACUGCCACACACACACACACACACACACACACACACACACAGAAGAGUGUGUGAUUGAUUACGUGAAGAUGUCAUCAUGAUAAACUCCUCACCGACAUAAUGAUGAAAUCAUCUGGAGAAAAGGGUUCUUGUGAAUAAACACAUUGAACCGACACUGAUUUCUGCUUUCUUUCCUCAAGAAAUAAACCACAGUGAUUUUUUUUAUGCACUAAAUAUAUUUCUUGUCUCAAGUUCAUGAAUCAUGAUGUCAUAUCACCAUUAGCUGUGAAGUCGAAUAUGAUGUGAAUAUAUCAGCUCAGAGCCCUGAUGAGUGUACUGAUCCUCUCAUAUAGUCUCAUUUCUCUUUAUAUGGAUCUGUUUAAUAGCACAAUGUACUGGAUUCAACCAAUCAAGUAAAUAAAGGUAUAAACUAAA